CUGUCCAUGUGAGAAGUGAAUCUGAGAAGAGAAGGGCAGACACUUAAAGAGAGAGAAGAGUUUCCCACAGAGCAUGUCCUCUGCCAAUGAAGAUGGUGUGGAUGAAAGAAAGGUGGACAUUAAAGAAAAGGACUGUGAGCGACUCACACCAGAAGAUGUGUGUGUAAAGCUGGAGGAUCACGAAGAAAGAAUUUCAGUUUUUAAAGAGGAGGAGGAGUGCAAUUGGGUGACUGUUACCAUUAAAGCUGAGGAUUUGAAUGAUUUCUCCGUUGAUCAUGAACUUCAAAAGCAUGAAACUGAGGAGAUUUUCAAACAAGAUGCCUGUGAAGAAUCUCCAUCCAGUUUACAGCCCUGGUCCACUAAUACGGGACGUCUGGCUACGCAAGAGAGUUCUGUAGAGAUGAAAUCAGAGUCUGAAGAGAAAAUCACAGAGGGAAAUGGGAGAGAAGGAGAAGAGUCACCUGUGAGUGUUGGAAUAAAUUUAAAGAAGAAUGGCUGCUUCUCUCCACCUUCAUUUGGUCAGCCCUCUCUUCAGUCCAAAGAGAAAUGUAUGAAGAAAUCAGUAAGAGGAUCAGAGAACCUUACCACAGUGUUUUUGCUGUGCAGUUCUCUCCCUGCUACUGGGGCACCACAGACAGAAGCCAUCAAAUCUGAACAACAGCAAGUGGAGAAAGAAACCAAAAUUUACAAAGAAAAAAAAUGUUUGGAAUGUGGCAAACAAUUCACACACAAAGGUGAUCUUAACAAGCAUAUAAAGGUUCACACUGGAGAAAAACCAUAUUGUUGUCAUGAAUGUGGUAAGUCGUUCUCUAGCAGAACCAGUCUUCAGAUCCAUAGAACAAUCCACACAGGAGAAAAACCUCAUUGCUGUUCAGAAUGUGGUAAGUCAUUCUCCUGUAUACGCUAUCUUCUGAGGCACAAAAAAAUCCAUACAGGAGAAAAACUUCAUUGUCCAGAAUGUGGUAAGACGUUCUCACUGAGAAGCAGUCUUCAGAGGCACGGAAUAAUCCACACAGGGGAAAAACCUCAUUGCUGUCAAGAAUGUGGUAAAUCUUUCUCAUGGAAAAGUGAACUUCAGUGCCACAAAAAAAUUCACACAGGAGAGAAACCUCAUUGCUGUUCAGAAUGUGGUAAGGCCUUCAUAAGGACUAGCGACCUUCAGAGGCACAGAACAAUCCACACAGGAGAGAAACCUCAUUGCUGUUCAGAAUGUGGUAAAUCAUUCUCAAGGAGAAGCAGUCUUAAGAGACACAGAAGAACACACACCGGAGAAAAACCUCAUUGCUGUCAACAAUGUGGUAAGUGGUUCUCAAGCAAAUGCUAUCUUCAGAACCACAGAAGAAUCCACAUAGGAGAAAAACCUCAUUGCUGUUCAGAAUGUGGUAAACGAUUCUCACAUCCAAGUACACUUAAGCGCCACAGAAGGAUCCACACUGGAGACUAGCCAUACACCUGUUCUGAAUGUGGUAAAGGGUUCUCUUCCAGAAAACGUUUUUGGAGAAACACACAAAGUCAUAAUGGAGUAGAGCCUGUCCCAGAAAUGACAAAUGAUCUUUCCAAUUAUUCUUCAAGCAAGAAAAAAAAAUUAAUCUUCUUAAGGCGGUAAAUGUCUCUAGUUGAAAGUAGUUAAAUACAUAAGAAUAGUGGAGAAAACACUUAAAGUGACAAACAGAUCCUAGACGUAAGGUAACCUCAGAGCCACAUAUGAAUUCACACUGAAAAUACAACACAUAUUUCACAAACGGCAAAAAUCUUCUUCAACAUCUUAGAGGUGCAAGACAAAACCUCAUUGUUGUCCUAAAUGGGAUUAACGCUUUUCAGACAGCAGUGGCCUUCAUAAUCAUAAAUGACUGACCUACUUGUGCGUUUUAGCUGUUCUGAAUGUUUUAAGAUUUCAAGAAGGACUCAGAAACUGUACUGCCAGUAUUUUAAUCAAACAUGGACUGAUCAUCUCUGCACCAGUGCUGUGACAUAAGAUGCUGAACAAUACAAACACCAGACAACAGAAUGAGGUAGCAACAGAACUGUGUGGUGAUAACCACUUCAACCACAGAACACAACUGAAAAAGUUUAAUGUAAUAAUUAAUGGAGAAAUCAAAUCCACAGUACAGUGCCAACUACCAGGAGGUGCAACUGACAACAAGGGGAAUAUUUUUGUUUCUGAGCUUUGCAGAUGAGGCCUUAUCUGUGUAGCAAUGAACUUGUACCGUCUCUGGGAUGCCAUCUGAUGGCUGACGCCUGGGCUGAAUGCAGGCAGCCGUUCUUAACCCUGAUAAUGAAGAAGUCAUUUAGUGAUGUCAGCUGACAGCCAAUGCUGUCCAGUCAGAUACUGGGGAGGGACAGUCGAGGAGGACAGGAGACUAAAAAGAUAGCCCUCACAUGACAGACCAAUGUAGAGGGGCUUUAUAAGACUUUUACACUAAUUUAGGUUAUCAUUUAUAAAUGAUAAGAGUCUUUACAAACCAACUACAUUCAUCAGCUGUGUGUCAAGGGUGAAUCCAAAAGUGGGAAUUUAAGAAGAUCGAAAUGCAAAUAAAAUGAAACAUUCAGAGUUCAAAGCGAAAUGUUUAAGAAUUGAAGACGUCACAACAGCAUGAUGGGGUUGACACCGGAGACCACAGUGAAGAAUAUCAAUUAAGAAGAUUAUUUAAAAUUAUAAUAAUGUUAUGAGAAAUGGGACACUUUAAUGAAUGCAGAACUCUAUGAAAUAGAAAUGAAACUAUUUUAUUUUCUGAAAUACAAGAGAAAAAGUGAAGACAAAGCAGAAAACACACAGGGAUCUCUGCUGCCCCAGCUGUUAAUUUGAUAAAUUAACCUAAAAAUAUAACAGAUGUUUCUUUGCUCCAUGUCAGUAUAUCCUGGGUGGUGUGUGAAGGACACUCUCUACUCCGAUUGUGUUGGUUCAGGUUUCAGUUUGAGUUCAGCACCUUCUUCAUAUCGAUACCCUAGACAACGUUUCUUCACGUCGAGACUACAAGCUGGAGGCCACAGGAGCUCAAUAAACUCCAACAGCAGGAUGGACGAUUCGAAAGCUCUGCUCUGAGAGAGUGUCAGCUACACAAAGCUUUGUUUCAUUUACUUGACAGAAAACUCCAAAAAGCACAAGUGGCCCCUUCUGUACCCCCCCACUGAAGGUCAAAUUUGACCCCUCACUACUCUGCGUUGGUUCACUCUGCUUGGACUUUCUGUAUUUUGUAAGUUUAUGUUUCAUUUUUUGGCCACACUCUUUUUACAUUUCAUUUCAUUGAUGUUCUCAAACGUGUGAGUAUAGCUUGACUCUUACAAUGACUUAUCAUAAAAGGGUACAUUGGCUAUGAAAUGCAAGAACAAAGAAAAAUAUUAAAAGUGGAAACCACAAAAUGAAGAAGUGACCGAUGAAAUACGUUCAGUGGCAGAGGUGACGUGGACAGCAUCAGAAAGGACAACAUAGAAAAGGCAGGUACCAACUGAAAACAAAAGAAGAAAGUUGAUUGGUGGAAAGAACUCUCAGUCACUCCUGAGUGGACUGUUGAGGUCAGCCGUGGCAUGCAGACUUCAUAGUUCAUGUGUCUUUGAUUUCAAAUCUGUGACCAUGCACUGAGUAAGUCUGUUAUUUAUCAGUUAGCAUGUUCUGAGACUGUAAUGUCAUCACAAAGAUCACACAAACACGUCAUGUGGCAUUUGUGAUCAAUCACUUUUGUUGAUUGCACCCCGUGGCACAUUUGGAGUUUGGGACAGGACCACAAAGUGGAUGGCAGUCUGAGAAGGACAGAAUUGUAAGACGUGAACAAAGCCAGCUGCCCUCCCUGGUCUGUCUUCAUUCAGAAUGACUCACCUGAGUGGUGGGAUUGUUCUGCGGCGCUCCUGUUGGCCGACAUUUCAUCAGCUUGCUUUCUGUGUUUCAUCUGAUAACCAGCAGAGUUAAUCAAAGAUGAGCCAGGCCUGUUACGAUGUGAACGUUCUUUACAUUUUGGUUUGCUUUAAAUAUUUUUUCUUCUUCUUAACUUUGAGUUCUUGGAGUCCUUGUAUAUUAGAGAUUAUUAAUACAUGGGGAUUUGGUCUUAAUAAUGAAUUGACAAUUA